UUGUUUUGGUUUUCGCUUAGCAUAUGAUUCGUGCUUUUCCGAUGGUUUUAAUUAAUAAAAAUGCCUAUAAACUUUAAUAUUGGCCUGCUGGGCCAUGUAGACAGUGGAAAGACAACCUUGGCCAAGGCCUUGAGCUCCAUAUCGAGCACAGCGGCCUUUGACAAGAAUCCGCAGUCGGUGGAACGUGGAAUUACGUUGGAUUUGGGUUUCAGCGGCACUGCAGCGGAAGGACCGCAAAGAGAGCAGCUGCAGUUCACCUUCGUAGAUUGCCCCGGCCAUGCGAGUCUGAUACGCACUAUUAUAGGAGGUGCUCAAAUCAUUGAUCUCAUGGUGCUCGUGGUCGAUGCCCAGAAGGGCAUCCAAACUCAGACGGCCGAAUGCCUAAUCAUUGGAGAGCUCCUGCAGAAGAAGCUGAUUGUGGUCAUCAAUAAGAUAGAUGUGUUCCCAGCGGAUCAGAGGGAGGCAAAGCUGGAGAAGCUACGCCUGCGCCUACGUAAGACCUUGGAAGCCACAAGCUUUGGUAGACAGGUGCCCAUGUACGCAGUCUCUGCUCUGGAAGGAAUCAACAUUCAGGAGUUAAGAAAUGGUCUGAGUGAGGCCUACUUUCAGCCGGAAAGGAAUGUUUCGGCCCCCUUGCUGAUGUACGUGGAUCAUUGCUUUGGCAUCAGAGGCCAAGGAACCGUUUGCACGGGCACCUUGCUCCAGGGAAAAGUGCAAGUCAACGAUAUGAUAGAGCUGCCAGCAUUGAAUGAGCAGCGGAAGGUGAAAUCCAUGCAGAUGUUCCGGCAGAAUGUGACCAGUGCCUCCAUGGGCGAUCGCAUUGGCCUGUGCGUUACCCAGUUUAAUGCGAAGCUCCUGGAGCGUGGAGUAAUCUCCAACCCUGGCUAUCUCAAACCCAUUUAUGCAGUGUGCCUGCAACUCAAGCCGAUUCGUUACUACAAGCAGGCCAUAAAAUCCAAGAGUAAGCUCCAUGUCUCUGUGGGUCAUGACACGGUUAUGGCCAAUGUGACAUUGUUUCGAGAUACGGACCCAUCACCGGACUUUCAACUGAACAGAGAGUAUGAGUAUGUGGAGGAGCUGCUGCCAGCAGAUACUUCACCCAACGAUGUAAUCUUUGCCCUGCUGGAGUUUGAAAGCCCUGUUUUGGCCCCUCCGAACUCAACGCUGAUUGCCUCCAAGCUGGACAUGGAUGUGCACAGCAGCAGCUGUAGAUUGGCUUUCUGGGGUCGCAUGUCCUGGCAGGCGCAGAGCGUCAACUACGCCCACGAAGUGCUACCUCAGUUAAAAAUCUUCAAACGCAAGCAGAAAGUGGGAAGCAUUCAGAGAGUGGUUAAUGCCAACGAAGUGAUUGUGCAGAAUCUCUUUAAGAAGGAGGCGAAACGAGAACUUUAUGUUGGAAAGGCGGUGGAGCUGUCCACGGGAGAAAGAGGACGCAUCGAUCGAACUUUUGGCCAGACCUCAAAGGUGGCCAUUGCCUUCCAGGAUUCCCUUUCCCCAGAAACAAUAACCAAUGUCAAAGAUGUGCAAGUUUUGUUGAACUGUAAAAAGUAUGUGUUUAAUAAACAAGCGGGACUAUUUCAGUGACAAAUUAUUAACAAGUGGUUUUAAAAUGUUUAAAAUUUAAAUACUCCGCGCAUUUGACAAUUACAUGAGCUAUCGAUAUUUGUACUAAACUUAACAGCGGCUG